AUGCCGCCUCCUUUACCACGAGCGCUCUUCCGGGCCCCGGGCCCCGCGGCGCAAACCCCUACGCUCAAUCGCCCGGCCAAGAACAUUCCCUUCAGCGCAAUCAUCACCACGCGCGACACCAACAACCCGCAUUCCACCACCCCUCGACAACCCCCGGAACUCGUCCGAGCAGGAAACCGCCACGGGCCAGGCCUCAUCAUCCUCGCCCUGAUCCCCAUCACAGCCUUCGCCCUCGGCACAUGGCAAGUCCAGCGCCUCGGCUGGAAGACGGACCUCAUCGCCAAGUUCGAGGACCGCCUCGUCCGCGACCCCCUCCCGCUCCCGCCCAAGAUCGACCCGGACGCCGUGGCCGAUUUCGACUACCGCCGCGUCUACGCCACGGGCCACUUCCGCCACGACAAGGAGAUGCUCAUCGGCCCGCGCAUGUGGGAGGGCGAGCAGGGGUAUAUGGUCGUGACGCCGCUCGAGAGGGAGGGGGAGGGCACGACGGUGCUGGUGAAUCGCGGGUGGAUCAGCAAGGAGAUGGCGGAUCAGCGGCGGAGGCCUGGCGCGCUGCCGCGUGGGGAGGUCACGGUUGAGGGGUUGCUGCGGGAGCCGUGGAAGAAGAACAUGUUCACGCCUGAGAAUAGACCUGAUCGUUGGGAGUUUUUCUUCCCUGAUGUGCACCAGAUGGCGCAGCUGACGGGCAGUCAGCCUGUUUGGAUUGAGGCUACUAUAGAGCACGAGUUCUUCCGCAUUGUGGACCUCAAGUCCAAGGGUAUCCCUAUUGGUAGAGCCGCGGAGGUGAAUCUGCGGAAUAACCAUGCCCAGUACAUCUUCACAUGGUAUGGUCUCGCGUUCGCCACCUCAAUCAUGUUGUGGAUGGUCGUCAAGAAGCCCCCAACCGAUACCGCGCGAAAGGUGCGCAUGAAUAAGCAUUGGUAA